GCGCGGGACGCCCCGAAGGGCACGGCCGAGGGGCGCGGGCGCUGCCGGAAGCUGGGGCGGGGCGCCGCGCGGGAUGCGCUGAAGGGCGAGCGGCGCGGCGGCGGCGAUGAGUGCCUCUGCGGCCACCGGGGUCUUCGUGCUGUCCCUCUCGGCCAUCCCGGUCACCUAUGUCUUCAACCACCUGGCGGCCCAGCACGAUUCCUGGACAAUCGUGGGGGUUGCUGCCCUCAUCUUGCUCCUGGUGGCCGUGCUGGCUCGUGUCCUGGUCAAAAGAAAACCACCCCGGGACCCACUGUUCUAUGUGUAUGCGGUGUUUGGAUUCACCAGCGUGGUGAGCCUCAUCAUAGGCCUGGAACAGGACGGAGUCAUUGACGGGUUCAUGACGCACUACCUGAGAGAGGGUGAGCCGUAUCUGAACACGGCGUACGGGCACAUGAUCUGCUACUGGGACGGCUCCGCUCAUUAUCUGAUGUAUCUGGUGAUGGUGGCGGCCAUCGCAUGGGAGGAAAGUUAUAGAACCAUUGGCCUCUACUGGGUUGGAUCUAUUAUCAUGAGCAUUGUUGUUUUUGUGCCGGGAAACAUUGUGGGGAAGUAUGGAACCCGCAUUUGUCCUGCCUUUAUCUUAAGCAUACCGUAUACUUGUCUUCCUGUCUGGGCUGGUUUCAGAAUCUAUAAUCAGCCAUCAGAAAGUUAUAAUUAUCCCUCAAAGGUCAUUCAGGAAGCUCAAGCAAAGGACCUGACGAGAAGACCAUUUGAUUUAAUGCUGGUCGUGUGCCUCCUCCUCGCAACUGGAUUUUGUCUGUUUAGAGGACUGAUUGCUUUGGAUUGCCCGGCUGAGCUCUGCCGAUUUUACACGCAGUUUCAAGAGCCCUACCUAAAGGAUCCCGCUGCUUAUCCUAAAAUCCAGAUGCUGGCGUAUCUGUUCUACUCUGUCCCUUACUUCGUGUUUGCGCUCUAUGGCUUGGUGGUUCCUGGAUGCUCCUGGAUGCCCGACGUCACACUGAUGCACGCCGGAGGUCUAGCGCAGGCUCAGUUUUCUCACAUCGGUGCUUCUCUUCAUGCUAGAACUGCUUAUGUCUACAGAGUCCCCGAAGAAGCGAAAACCCUUUUUCUAGCAUUAAACAUAGCAUAUGGAGUUCUUCCUCAGCUCUUGGCCUAUCGUUGUAUCUACAAACCAGAGUUCUUUAUAAAAACAAAGGCAGAUGAAAAAGUUGAAUAAAAAUAUUGUUUCAUGUUCUUCCUCUCUAGAUUACUGACUUUGUUAUCCUGGGACUGAUAAUUUUGUCCCAUUUCACUCCCUUCUCAUUCAGGAAGACUUCUACAUAAAGUCUUGUUCUGCACUGUAUGUGAGCUCUCAUGUGGUUUUGUGUGGGUAAAAUUUUCUUUCUUUGAAGGAAAAGUGAAGUUGAGAAACGGUUUGCUUAAAGAAAUAUAUUCAAAAUUAUCUGUGAAUAAACUUGACCAUCUAUUUCCAUAUUGUUUGCACAUAUUAAAUAUAACUGUAAACAAUUACAAUUUAGCUCCUACAAUAGUGAGAAUGAAAAUGAAACUAUUCAAAAGUGAAUAUGGCCUAUGCAUAUUAAAAAAUUCAAAACAACAAAUACAUACUGGAGAGAUACUUUUUGCAUAUAAGACAUAUAUGCAUCAUUAUUAACCUCAAUAUAAAAAGCAAAUCAUCACAGUAUUUUAAAAUGUUAUUUGAAAAUGUUUUCCCAAGGAAAGUCUAUUAUAUUCACUGCUGUUUUAAAAAUUGCUUUUAGUAAAAUUUUUUUGUGAGCCUAAAUAGCUAAGGAGAGAUCGAUAACUUUAUCAUUACUCUUAAUGAAUACUGGUUUUAUCGGUGACUGGAAAUAUUUCUAUUGUAUUUCUGUGUAUAUUUUUAAUAAAUUUUUUUGGCCUUUUAUGAAAACAAAUCUUAUUAAACUGGAAACAUUUUGUAUUUUUUUUUUUCAGAAACAGUUUCGUAGUCUCUAGGGUUUUUAUUUUAAAAAUCUGUCAGUUACAUGUUCCAAUUCAAAAUGUCAUCUACAUUCUCCUUAUGUUUUAGUGUGAGCAAUGAAGGGGAUUUCUGAUGAAUUAAUUAAAUUUCGUUAAUUUAAAAUUAAAUUACAGCACUCAAAACUAAAAAAUACUUCUAAGGGAGAAAGAACUGGAUUGGCAUCCCUUUUAUCUUCUAAUGAACCUUUCAUAUUUGGAAUUAUGAGUAUAGAGAAAAAAACUGGUAUUUGUUAAGCGAGAGAAGCAAACUAAAAAUCCGUGCGCCCUAGAGGGGUAAGCAGACUGGUGCUUUCCAUCCACUCGGGCGCGCUGCCACCAGCACCAGCACCAUCGCUGUCCUCGGUGGCCUCGGGCUUGCAGAACAGCUCACAUUUUCUCUUCAUGUUAUUUAUUAGCUCUUCACCACAGUGAGAAAACAAAAAAGAAAUGGGAGUCCAAAUCAAUGCCUGGAUAAUGUCAAGUGUGCGAAUUUAGGGUCCACUGAGCUGAUAAAUAUUAUCUGAGACGUGCGAGCAAUCAUGUAGCCGUUCCUCUCCCUCCUCCAUGUUUACAAAACACUUAACACCCAGACAGUGUGCAAAAAAAAAAAA